AUGGCCGUCAAAAUGGUUCGGGGUGCAAAGAAAGCUUCUAAGACAGCCGUUUAUGUCUUCCUUGGUAUUUGUGGUAUUGUAAGCGCAUUCGCAUUCAUCCGUGACACAAUUCCAUCCAGCCUGAGCGCAACAUAUGUCUUCAAUGAUGCUUUGAAGAUCGUUACUCAAGAUCCCGAUGUGAAGCGUUGUUUGGGCCCCAAUAUAAAAGGCUACGGCAGAGACUACCAAGGACAAUACGAGGGUCGUCGUAACCAGAUCGAUAGUUGCAUCUAUGAGGACGAGGACGGAAUGAAGCACUGCCGCAUUAAGUUUAAUGUCCAGGGAAAGUGGGGAAAGGGCGUUGUGUACGCCGAGAAGUCAAAGGAAAUGGGCACUGGUGAGUUCCUGUAUCUGGUCUUCCAGGACGGGCGCACUGGUGUAGUCAUCGGCAUCAUCGACAACCGUGUGUACCUUCCUCUGGAGAAGCAGCAGGAAUUGAUCGUGAGCAAGCUCCAUAUGCUGAAGGCUGUGUUUCUGGGUGCACGAGGCCAACCGGAGACGGAAAAGCAGCUGUCUAUGUUCGGAAACUUGAGGGAUAAGGUGGAAUUCGUGGAUUGCACUCAAAACUGGGAAUUGUGCAAACAAAUGAACCCGGCGGUUUUGCCGUCGUGGAAUAUUCGGGGUAAAAUGUAUGCAGGAGUAAAAGAAUUGGACGAUUUGGAGGUGAUGUGUCAAAAGAUAGUAGGAAAAUGA